CUCACAAUUUCACCUCCCUCCUACCAUAAAUGCUAUUACAUCCUAUCAAUACGCUCUGCAAUAACUCCUCGCUGCCACAUCCUCUCCACCUGUUUCCCUUGCUUCUUCCCCUUCUCUCACCCUCUCCAAGGCCUUCUCUCUCUCUCUCUCUCUUUUGAUUUUAUCUCCUCUUUUUCCUCGUCCGUUUCUUUCUCUCCGUGCCCCUCUUUCUCUCUCAUCUGCAUCGCUGUGUUCUUCUUAAACCCCUUUUUACAGUACAAGUACCAAUCAUCAUGCCCCGAAAAUUUGAAAAAACCACUCCUUCGGCCCCCAAAACCUAGCUUCCCGGUGACCCAAAAGUGUAAAAAAUAGAUCUGAACCUUCUCUCAAAAGGGUUUCGGUGCUUCGACCUCAAAACAGCCAUAUCAUAUACAUCUGUUUUAACUUAUAUUUUUAAAUUUCCAUAUUUCCGUUAUUUUUAGCAUAAGAGAGAGAGAGAGAGAGAGAGAAGGCGCGGUUGGGUUCACCGAGAUCAUAGUAAGCGUUAUAAUCUUUGUUUUUAAGCGUUGAAAUUUGGAUUAAUUGUCAAAGGCCUUCCCAAAGGGUCAACUCUUUCCUGCUACUUUUUUGUGUCAAUAUCCUAGUCUUUUGGCACGUAAGAGCCCAAAGGCUAAAGACUUUUGGAAGCCCAAAACAGUAAUCACCGCCCUUUUGAAACGUGUACCAUUCCUAUUAGCUUUGCUCAGACAGUGCCAGAGAAUCUAUUAAAACCAAUCCCACUAUACUCAACUCAAGAAACUAAAACCCAACCCCUUUACACACACACACAUAUGUAUAUAUGGUGUGUAAUGGUUUGCGGGAGAGUGAAAUAUGCAAGCCGGGAAAAUGCUUCCGGUGAGUGACUGACCUUAAUUCAGACAUCUUUCUGGCUAAGCAGCAAUCAGAUUACGACCAUAGAAAUGUUUCAGCCAAACCUGUUCGAUACCCACAAUCAUGUGCUGGAUAUGACCCCCAAAUCACCCGAAAAUGAAUUGGGAAAGAUUAGAGAAGAUGAUUACGAGACUAAAUCAGGCACCGAAACCAUGGAAGCUCCCUCCGGCGAAGACCAAGACCCCAGCCAACGUGCCAAAAGGAAGCGUUACCACCGCCAUACACAGCGUCAAAUUCAGGAAAUGGAAAACUUCUUCAAGGAGUGCCCUCACCCGGAUGACAAGCAAAGGAAAGAACUGAGCCGUGAGCUAGGGUUGGAGCCUCUUCAAGUCAAAUUUUGGUUCCAAAAUAAGCGGACCCAAAUGAAGGCUCAACAUGAACGCCACGAGAAUGCAGCUUUGAAGGCAGAGAACGAAAAACUCCGUUUGGAGAACAAUAGGUACAAGGAAGCCCUGAGCAAUGCCACGUGCCCCAACUGCGGAGGCCCGGCAGCCCUUGGCGAGAUGUCAUUUGACGAGCAGCAUCUGAGGAUCGAGAAUGCUCGUCUAAGAGAAGAGUUACAGAUUGAUAGGAUAUCUGGAAUAGCGGCUAAAUAUGUUGGCAAGCCUUUGUCAUCGUAUUCUCACCUUUCGCCUCUUGUACCUUCCCGCUCGCUUGGUCUUGGGGUUGGGAAUUUUGGGGCACAGUCGGGGUUCGUAGGGGAGAUGUAUGGAGGGAAUGAUCUUUUCAGGUCAUUUUCAGGCCCCACUGAGGCUGAUAAGCCAAUGAUUGUUGAGCUUGCUGUUGCAGCAAUGGAAGAACUAAUAAGGAUGGCUCAGGCUGCAGAGCCCUUGUGGGUUUCCAAUGAGAACUCUUCUGAGAUCCUCAACGAAGAAGAAUACUUGCGGACUUUCCCUAGGGGAAUAGGCCCCAAACCCUUGGGAUUAAAAUCAGAAGCCUCAAGGGAAUCCGUGGUGGUUAUCAUGAAUCAUAUUAACCUUGUUGAGAUUCUCAUGGACGUGAAACGAUGGUCAACUGUGUUCUGCGGUAUCGUUUCAAGAGCAAUGACUUUAGAAGUCCUAUCAACCGGAGUGGCAGGGAACUAUAACGGAGCCUUGCAAGUGAUGACAGCUGAGUUCCAAGUCCCUUCCCCGCUUGUUCCAACUCGUGAGAAUUACUUUGUUAGGUACUGUAAACAGCAUCCAGAUGGGACUUGGGCUGUUGUUGAUGUUUCCUUGGACAAUUUACGCCCAUCAAGUCCACUUUCAAGGAGUCGACGAAGGCCAUCUGGUUGUUUGAUCCAAGAAUUGCCAAAUGGUUACUCAAAAGUUGUAUGGGUCGAACAUGUAGAAGUGGAUGACAGAGCUGUUCACAACAUAUACAGACCUGUGGUCAAUUCCGGUCUUGCUUUUGGAGCAAAACGUUGGGUGGCUACGUUAGAUCGACAAUGUGAACGUCUUGCAAGUUCAAUGGCCAAUAACAUUCCAGCUGGAGAUCUAUGUGUAAUAACAAGCACAGAAGGGAGGAAGAGCAUGUUGAAGCUGGCAGAAAGAAUGGUGAUGAGCUUUUGUACUGGUGUGGGUGCUUCGACUGCGCAUGCAUGGACGACACUAUCAGCGACAGGUUCGGAUGAUGUAAGGGUGAUGACCAGAAAGAGUAUGGAUGAUCCCGGCAGGCCUCCUGGUAUUGUGCUCAGCGCUGCAACUUCCUUCUGGAUUCCAGUGCCAACAAAGAGAGUUUUUGAUUUCCUUCGGGAUGAGAACUCACGAAGCGAGUGGGAUAUCCUUUCUAAUGGUGGCCUAGUUCAAGAAAUGGCACACAUAGCUAAUGGUCGUGAUCCAGGCAACUGUGUCUCUUUAUUGCGAGUAAAUAGUGCUAAUUCAAGCCAGAGCAAUAUGCUGAUACUACAAGAGAGUUGCAGUGAUUCAACUGGCUCAUACGUAAUCUAUGCUCCGGUUGAUAUCGUUGCCAUGAAUGUGGUCUUAAGCGGCGGCGAUCCAGAUUAUGUUGCCCUUCUACCAUCAGGUUUUGCUAUUCUUCCUGAUGGGCCUGGCCUUAAUGGUGGAGGCAUUCUCGAGGUCGGGUCUGGUGGUUCUCUAUUGACAGUUGCAUUUCAGAUCUUAGUAGAUUCAGUUCCGACUGCAAAACUUUCUCUCGGAUCGGUUGCAACAGUGAACAGUCUAAUUAAGUGCACGGUUGAAAGGAUCAAGGCUGCCGUGAUGUGUGAGAGUGCAUGAUUCACAAGCCCUACCUAUAUAUGCAAGAACGACAAAAGAAGGGAAGAGAAGAAACGAAACGAAACUAUGAGGGUGGAAAAAUAGGGAAGAAGUCAAGAACGCACCUUUCAAUAUCUUGCAUCGUGGUGUUUGUAAGGGGAAGAGAAGCAAAAGAGCAUACCACCACUCUGCAAGGGUAAUAGGUUCGGGUAUUGACUUAAUUAACCUAACGAAAGGUGAAAGUAAAACCAGACUUUUGUUGUUAUUAAUUAGUUGGAAGAAUUUCCCCCAUCCCGUUUUUGUUAAUUCCUGUUAUGGUUAGGAUUAAAAGCUUUCUUGUAGCUAGGAGUUGGUUAUUUUGUAAUGUCUAAUCCUUUCAAAUGUGUUACUUGUAAGAGGCAUUAAUUAGUUGGACUAUUGAAGCUCAGUCAUUAACAAUAUUGGUUUCUCUUUCCUUCCUAUUUUAAUAGGCUUUGAGAAUGAA